UCUGUCUGUCUGUCUGUCCUGACGGACAAGUUGAGACGGGAGUGAAGGUGUGGCGGCAGUCCUGAGAAGGAGACCUAUCUGCGACAUUCAAGUUCCAAGGGUGGAAACUUUGUGGAACUUUUCCUGAUGUCUGUCUUCAUUCGGCGUCGCGAGUCUUUGGCCAUAUGGUAGUGUUGUAGAGGAGCGAGGUACAGGAACAGAUCUGGAGGCAGCAGGAGCCUCGCAGGCUGGAUUUCGCUGUCUUUGGUGACCUGAUAUCGACAUUGCUGGAUCCCAAACCUUCAGGUCAUGCUCAUGUGGCUCAUGCGAUUUGGAGGAAUGUAACAAUCUGCCAUGGAGAAGGCUUAAUAACUGCUGGAGGAAGAGCAGGCUGUGCUUCACUGCAGCUCUGAUCUCUUCCCGUUUCUCUCAUUUCUGGCCUUAGCUUUUUUUCACAUUUUUGCAACGCUUCCUUUUCCUAUACUUUUCCAUCACUUCUCACACAGCUACCAUGCGCCGAUUCAGCUCUGAGGGAUCCCUCCUGGAUCUUGACUUCCUCCCGUGGAAGAGGGUGGCACUGAAGGACCCAGAUAAUGGGAAGAACCGGGAGUCUGGCACCUAUACACCUCACAUGAAGGAAGAUGAGCUGGGUGGGGGCUCGGGCUUCCAGACUCCCACCAUCCUGGAGCCCAGAGCGAGUCCACCUGAGGCCAGAAAGAAGGGGAUGAACAAGGAGCACAGCGUCAGUGUGGAGACCCUGAGCGAGCUGGGGAAACAGGACAAGAGCCACCUGGGAGUGUGUGUCAUCAGUGGAGGCUGCAGGGCCUACAGCGACGGCCAGCUGGCCCCGGCCAACAAGGGCAGCACGGAGAGCAUGGAGGGAGACAAUCUGACCCCCCCGUCUCCUUCGUCCUCCGCCAACCCCUUCCCCCUCAAACCUCAGCACAGGCACCAGCAUAAAGCCAAGCUGGCUGCCGCUAAACUGCACCUCAAGAGUCUGUUUGGACAGAGUCCUACUUCCUCAAACUCCAACCUGUCUAAUGCAGACCCGAAAGACAGUGCUACAGAGAGGAGGUCUCGCCUGGUCUUCAUGCGUCAGUGGAGUCAGGUGGGCCACGGUAAGAAGAGGAAGAUCAGCCAGGAAGAGCUGGAGAAAUGGGCCGAGUCCCUGAACGCCCUGCUGGCCAGCCACACUGGUGUUUCAGUGUUUGGAGCAUUCCUGCGCUCUGAGUUCAGCGAGGAGAAUCUGCAGUUCUAUCUGGCCUGUGAGCAGUACAGAAACUCGUCCAACAACUUCAGCCUGCAGAGGAGGGCCAAGGAUAUCUGCGCCACCUACAUCCAGCCAGGUGCCCCCCGGGAGGUGAACCUGGACAGCAAGACGCGGGACCUGAGCCUCCAGCUGCUGCAGGCUCCCUCUCACACCUCUCUGGACCACGCUCAGAAACGCAUCUACUCGCUCCUGGACACGGACUGUUAUCCCCGCUUCCUCCAGUCCAACAUCUACCUCUCCUUACUGCGAGAGGACGACUAGCAGCCACACGGGGAUCACACACCUGGAGGAACAGUGGCUCAGCUGUUCCCAGGACGUCCUAAACUCUGUAGACCAUAAACCUAACAUAGAGCUGCUGUUUGUGUAAAGACAAUAUAUCUGGAUCAAACGUUGAUGCCAUUUGGCCACUGUGUGUAGGAAAGUGAGUCAGUUAAUAUAUGCUUUCCAUUCAGAGUCUCUGUGUUUCCCUCUGCUUCCAGUCUUUAUGCUAAGCUAAGCAUACCCAGACUCCAGCUCUGUACUAACACAGACAUGGUAUUGGUAUCAAUCCUUUUAUCUCAUUUUUGAAGAAAAAAAAAGAAGAACAUUUCAUCAAAUGUUAAACCAUUCCUUUAUUUGGCUUCUUGUUGACCCUGGGAAUUUGGAAAAACAGAGGCUAGGCGAGGCAGUUUUGUUUCUGUUACUUUAAAUGACCCAUAAAACUACGCAGCGCUCAUUUUAACCAAUCAACAUCCUCCCUGUCAGCAGCUAAUGUUCCCAUGGUCCACUGCUCUGAGUUCCCUCUGCUGACGGAAAGGAAAAACCCGUUCAGCAAGGAUGAGCUCUUUGCAGGAAAAGGUCAAAGUACUACGUGAGUUACUUGUAUGGCACAGAUGGGAAACCUGAGCAAAUUGACUCUGACGGGUCAAAUGACUCCGUGACUACAAGGAAGUUGAGCUCAGUCUGCUUCUGAAUACUCUGCUCCACUGUUCAAACAAAGACAAACUGUGCAUGCAUACACUAGCCUUAGAAAACACUCAGUCAUUUAAGCAGGCUGUGUGUAAUGAGUAUGUUGAGUAUGUUAGCAUUUCCUUGACUGUUGGUCAUGUAAAAAUUGAAACACCCUCAUAUGACAGGACAUUUUAAAGAAAGAGAAAAUAAGUAAUACGUGUUUGUAAUGUUUGAGAGUUUUAAAGAGAAACAAAUAAAAUCCAUUUUUUUU